CGCAACCAGGCUGACCGGAAGCAGGAAAUGCUUGGCUUUACUCCCUCCCCCUUACUAUGAAAGAGCCUGAUUUACUCUGGGCUUUGAGUCCGCUAUCUUCUCAGUCCACUAGCUUUCCAACCAGAAUCGCUAUUCCUUGCCCCCGCAACUCAUGUUUCCAUUAAUUGGCCCGUCAUGCAGUCAGCAGUGCAAACUUGGAGUGAGUAACAGAGUUUGCGUGGGGGAGUGUCUGAGUAAGGCCCUAGCAGCCCUCGGGACCGCUUGUCCUGUGCACCUGGGCUUCAGAAUUCUUCAAAGCAGUACUGGCUUCUCCAGCGCUUGGCGUUUGGAGCUAGGAAUUGAUAUUUGGGAUCCGAUGGACUUCAUAUAGUAAGGUAAAUCACUCUGGUGUGUAUUUCCUUUGGGUGUGGGGCUUUUCCUUCAAAAUAAGGCAAGUUGUCAUGUAUUCGUAAUGGGCUGCCCUGUUGGAGAGAGGAAAGAGCUGCUGGACUUCUGCCUGGCUCGUUCGCCUCUUUGCUUUCUGUUCUUUUGUGCAGAUUGAUUUUCGGCUACGGUGCAUCCUCGUUGCGAGCCUGGGCUCUAGGGCACGUGGGCUCUCCUUGGACCAGGGAUGGAACCCGUGUCCCCUGCAUCGGCAGGCGGGUUCUUUACCCCAGGACCACCUGCUUCCUUGGAUGUUAGCAUUUGGAUGGGUCGUCUGUAUUUUGUCUUGAAUUGCGGUCUUUAAAAAUGGGAAAUGUUUCAACUAUCCCUAAAGAAAGCCCUCUGAGCAUGUUUUGGAUGAGUGAUCUGGUUACAGCUGUGAGUGGAAGGUGAGGCCAGUUUACUGUACCCCCGAGUGGCCACGGUACCUGUUAGGAUCUCCUCCUCAAGGGGCUCAGGUUGGGGGACCCGGGGGCCCUGUGCGCCAGGUACUGCCACCCUUGCUGUGUCAGUGACGUUGCUUGUGGCCUCAUGUGUUGUUGGCAUAUGUAAAACCCCGAGACCAAACUGGAGGGUUUAUUUAGGAUUUUCUGAUUGUCUUUGGGGUUUUUUGUUUCAUUUUGUUUGGUCCUGUUCCUCCACUUACAGCCAAAUCAAAUUGAUGAUAUUUAAAACACUUAAUGAUGUCACAUGGAGGAGAGUAAUAGAAAAGAAAAAAACAAAAACCUCCUCUUAUCCCAGGGAUAAGAGAAAGGUUCCGCUUGGUUCCUAAAAUCACCAAACGGCCCAGCCCAGCAUUCAGCCUGGUUGUUUGAUACCAAGGCAAAGGCACCCUUUUGUAGUUAGAGACAGUCCACUGCUACGUAUGGUCUUAGGGUGGCUCUUCUGUGAGGAAUGGGAGGAAAUGAUGAUAUUCUCUACAUGCAGGCAUCUGUGCUAUUACAUCAGAGAAAAUAAGAAAAAGAAGGUAAGGAGAGUGAGGACAGGUCGCUCCAAACCUUAACUCCUCCAGCUGAGCCCAGGACAGCCCCUCCUUCAAGGGAUCAACCAGAAAACCCCAUGUGAGCACUGGGGCACCGCGGGACCCGGUCUGGUAUCACCGUCUAAGACCCGACAGGGCGCCAGUUGGGGCCAGAAGCCACUCCUGGGACAGGGCAGCUUGCCUUACCCCGUCACCUCCUGGGGGCCUCAGUGUCAACCACCUGCUGGCUAGGUUUCUCGGACGAGUUUAUUUGGAAGGAUCGUGACCCCCUUACAAGGAGGCUCUCCUACACCUGAGCCCACUUGGCAGUAUCACAGCUGAACCAAAUUGGGUCUCAACGAGGGAGGCCUGCUCUUAUUCAAAUAUCACUUAUCAGUACGUCCUAGCCGGGCUUUGAAAAGCGGACCCAAAGCAAAAGAGUCAGAACAAAAUUCAAGCAAUUCAGCAAAAACCAUGUGAAGGCCCUUCUGAAUUUUUGGAAAAGAUUUAUCAGGCCUACAGACACUAUACCAAUACAGAUCCCGAGGCCCCUGAAAAUAUAAGAACGGUAAACUUGACCUUUUUUUGGCGGGUGUUAGGGAAUACCUUACAGCAGGAGAAAGUUGCAAAAAUUAGUGCGUUUGUAAUGAACCCUUCUCAGUUGGUAGAUGCUGCUUCCUAAAAGGGUUCAACAGGGAACAACAGAAGAAAGAAAAGGCAAAAUGAAAUACCGCUUUUUUGGAAGUGGCACUGGAUUCCGUCAAAGGGAGCUUCCUGGUGCCCUACGUCGUCAUGCUGGUCGUGGAGGGCAUGCCGCUGCUGUACCUGGAGCUGGCGGUGGGGCAGCGCACGCGCCAGGGCAGCAUCGGGGCCUGGAGGGCCGUCAGCCCCUACCUCAGCGGCGUCGGCGUGGCCAGCGUGGUGGUGUCCUUCUUCCUCUGCACGUACUACAACGUCAUCAACGCCUGGGCCUUCUGGUACCUCUUCCACUCCUUCCAGGACCCCCUGCCGUGGUCCGUGUGCCCUCUGAAUGGCAACCGCACGGGCUACAUCGAGGAGUGUGAGAAGGCCUCGUCCACGCAGUACUUCUGGUACCGGAAGACCCUCAACAUCUCGCCGUCCAUCCAGGAGAGCGGGGCGGUGCAGUGGGAGCCGGCGCUGUGCCUCGUCCUGGCCUGGCUGGUGGUGUAUCUGUGCAUCCUGAGGGGCACCGAGUCCACCGGCAAGGUGGUAUACUUCACUGCAUUGCUGCCCUACUGUGUGCUUAUCAUCUACCUGGUCAGGGGCCUCACACUCCAUGGAGCCACCAAUGGCCUGGUGUACAUGUUCACUCCCAAGAUGGAGCAGCUGGCCAACCCCAAGGCCUGGAUCAACGCAGCCACCCAGAUCUUCUUCUCGCUCGGCCUGGGGUUCGGCAGCCUCAUCGCCUUUGCCAGCUACAACGAACCCUCCAACAACUGCCAGAAGCACGCCAUCAUCGUGUCCAUCAUCAACAGCUCCACCUCCAUCUUUGCCAGCAUCGUCACCUUCUCCAUCUAUGGCUUCAAGGCCACCUUCAACUACGAGAGCUGCUUGAACAAGGUGAUUCUGCUGCUGACCAAUUCUUUUGACCUUGAAGAUGGCUUUUUGACAGCCAACAACCUGGAGCAAGUGAAAGAUUACCUGGCAUCUGCCUACCCCAGCAAGUACAGCGAGGUGUUCCCACAAAUUAAAAACUGCAGCUUGGAGUCGGAGCUGGAGACGGCUGUCCAAGGCACUGGCCUGGCUUUCAUCGUCUACACGGAGGCCAUCAAGAACAUGAAGGUGUCGCAGCUGUGGUCCGUGCUCUACUUCUUCAUGCUGCUGCUGCUGGGCAUUGGGAGCAUGCUGGGCAACACGGCCGCCAUCCUCACCCCUCUCACGGAUAGCAAGGUCAUCUCCAGCUACCUGCCCAAGGAGGCCAUCUCCGGUCUGGUGUGCCUCGCCAACUGUGCCAUCGGCAUGCUGUUCACCAUGGAGGCCGGCAGCUACUGGUUCGACAUCUUCAACGACUACGCUGCCACCCUGUCCCUGCUGCUCAUCGUCCUGGUGGAGACGGUCGCCGUGUGCUACCUGUACGGGCUGAGCAGAUUUGAAAGCGACCUCAAGGCCAUGACUGGACACGCCCUGAACUGGUACUGGAAGGCCAUGUGGGGCGGUGUGAGCCCGCUGCUCAUCAUCAGCCUCUUCAUCUUCUACCUGAGCGACUACAUCAUCACGGGGACCCUGCAGUACCAGGCCUGGGACGCCGCCCAGGGUCAGCUGGUGACCAAGGACUACCCGCCCCACGCCCUGGCCGUCAUCGGGCUGCUCGUCGCCUCCUCCACCAUGUGCAUCCCGCUCGUGGCCCUGGGCACGCUCAUCACACGCCGCCUCAGGCGGGGAGACCCAGCCCCUGUGGCCUGAGAGCCGGGCGCCCCGGGACCGAUGCCGGCUGCUCUGUUCCAGCCCCUCACCCAAAGGUGGGCGCAUCGGCUGCUGCCAGAAAUUCUGACUCUGGACGCUCUCGGCCCGCGGUCUUCUCGCCGAUCAGGAAGGUGAGGAGGUGACUCCCUGAGGAGGAGCCCCAUCCCGCCCACCAGGCGGCCCUGUGUCCCCGCCGCCUCCCUGCCACCAGAGGCAGGAUUCCCAUGGCGAGUCUGGAAGGUGGCUGCUUGACGGCAGCAAAGUCCAACAAGCAGGGCGCACUGUGAACUGAAAUUUUUAUGAAAUAAAAUUUUAGCAGUUUUUUUUUCUGAAGAAAUCUCAGAAUGUUAGAGGGCAUUCAUUUGUAGAGAAGUUGGGAGAAGGAGUUUUCAGUGCCUAAGAUGACAGAUUUCAAUGUCGUCAGUGCAAAGUGAGUUCUAUUCUCAGUCACGGUGAGCCUGCAAUCAACUGUGUUCCUCCCUGAGAGGACAGGCUGCCCAUCAAGAAAGAGGGGCUUUGCUCAGGGCUCACACAGGCGCUCAUGAUUCCCUCACCUGCGGCCUCUCCACGAACAACCCCAAGCCCCAGUGUCUCAGAGCCCUCACCAGCUGCCAGAGCCACUGCAAGGAUGAAAGUGAAGCCAACUUUCCCACAGGUCUAAGGUAAUAUUUGGACAUAACGACCAGCUCUUUAUAGGAAAGACGAUGAUCACAACUUAGUCAGUGUUAAUUUACCUGUAUGUAAGUCUUCUAAAAUGUAUAGGAAGACUGGUCUCAAACAGAGCCUCCCUUAAGUGAAGACACCGUAUUUAUGACACGGCAUUAGUCCAGCAUGCAAACAUCUGCUUUUCACCUGUAACAGUAAGUAGGUCAAGGUCAUCCUGACUUGAGAGGGUCCCGUCCUGUCGUAACAUUCCUGAAUCCCAUGAUCUCAGUGAAGCACAGGGAGGGUCUCUGGGUCCACUGUACAGACAUCUUUAAAGACACUGAAACACUCACCUGGGACAUCGGCUGGAGAUGGCUUUUCUUUUAAACCUUUAUUUCCAUGCUGUAAGCUUCCAGUUUCACCUGAUGCCCAGUUACAAAAAGACCAUUUGGUGGUGUGGGGUAAGCUGGAGAGUCACAUGUAAAUCAAUGAAGUUAGGAGAGACCCUCACCCCAUACACAAAAAUAAACCCCAAAUGACCUAAAGACUUAAUAUAAGACAUGAUACCAUAAGACUCAUAGAAGAGAACAUAGGCAAAACAUCCUCUUGACAUAAACCAUACCAAUAUUUUCUUAGGUUAGUUUCCCAAGCCAAUAGAGAUAAAAGCAAAAAUAAAAUAGGGCCUAAUCAAACGUAUAAGCUGUUGCACAGCAAAAGGAAACCAUAAACAACCUAUGGACUGGGAGAAAAUAUUUCCAAAUGAUGUUACUAACAAGGGCUUAAUUUCCAAAAUUUACAGAUAGCUCACACAACUCAACAAUAAUAAAGCAACCUAACCCCAAAAUGGGCAGAAGACCCAAAGACAACGUACAGAUAGCCAAUAUGCACAUGGAAAGAUGCUCAACAUCAGAAAUGAUUAGAGAAAUGCAAAUCAAAACUACAAAUUAAAACAUCACACUGGUGAGAAUGACCAUCAUUGACAAGUCUACAAACAGCAAAUGCUGGAGAGGGUGCAGCAGAAAGGGACCCUCCUACACUCUUGGUGGGAACGCACACUGUUGCAACCACCGUGGGGACCAGUAUGGAGGUCCCUCACAAAACCAGAGUUGCCAUAUCACCCAGCAAUCCCACUCCCAGGCCUAUGUCCAGACAAAACUAGAAUUCACAAGGGCACACGCACCUGUAUGUUCUUGGCAGCACUAUUCACAACAGCCAAGACCCGGUAACAACCUAAAUGUCCAUCAGCAGAUGAAUGGAGAAAGAUGUGGUGCGUAUAUGCAGCGGAAGGUCACGGAGCCAUAAAAAAGCACCUAACAAUGCCGUUUACGGCAGCAGGGACGGACCGAGAGAUGAUCAUGCUGUGCAAGCCAGAAAGAGAAAGGCAGCUAUCGUGCUGCCACUCCUAAGUGGAAGCUAAACCUCGAUGCAGAUGAACUCAUCUACGAAACAGAGACAGACCCAGAGAACCGACUUGUGGUUGCCGAGGGGGAGGGAUGGUGGCCAAAGGAUGACCUGGGAGUCUGGGAACACUAUACAGGAUGGACAAACCGCAUGGUCCUACCGAAGGGCAUGGGAACUGAGUUCUACAUCCUGUGAUAAACCAUAACAGGAAAAAAACACUUGGCUUUAAAAUGUAUGCAUUUACAAACCACAUCCUGUCAGUCCUGUGAGUUCUUAUCAGAGGGUUCUGCAGUGUCCAGACCCCUCAGCUGUCAGGGCUUGAAGAGUGGACAUGCUCGAGAGUAGAUACACAACACAGUCUGUUCCCACCACCUGACAGCUCGGCCCCCACCUCAGUCCUCAGUCACGAUCCCUACAACAGAGGCCACCCCUCCUGGCGUUGUUGGUCAGCUGGGCGUCUCAGCCCCAAAUGCCAGGGUCCUUAGGAGCGUGGACAAACUCUGUCCUCGAGCAGCACCGCACUCACCGCACUUGGACCUCAGGGGUCCCUGCCAGCCCGCCGGGCGCAUGUGAGACUCCUGGCGCGCAGCCCACGCCGUGGACCCUGCCACCCUGAGGACCGGUGCCCCAGUGAAGAGAGAUGCGGAAUGGGCCAGACGCUCAGGCAUGUGGACAUCAAAAGUGACCUGUACAAGUCUAAGAGCACGUUUGAGCAUGCAAAAGUCACUUCUCCGAAAUAAUUUCUGCUCACAAAAGUCAAAUACAGAAGAACCAUUCUUCUAGACUAAUGUGCUCCAGAUGAAAAUGUCUCCAGUUUCAGUCAGUUUUAUCCUGGUUUCUAAGAACUGCAUGAAGAGCAGAACAUUUCACAGUCAUCCUCUUAAACCAUUAGUCCUGUUUCAAAAAAGCCUUUCCUGGCUGUUUUCUAGGGACUGCACCCAAGUAGUCAUCUUGGCAUCCGUCCACCCUCCUCCAAGAAGCUGGAGAAAGAAGGCAUAUUCCAUCCCUGCACCCUUAGCGGCACCAUGACAUCAGCACCAGGCAGGGGCUCCGGAGAGCUUUCCACUUAAACUAAGAACACAGCAACUCCUAGUGCUAAAAAAAUCAGGUAGGGAGGUAUUUGUGUUUUUAGCCACCGUCAUAAUAAAACCCUAAACAAGUA